ACGCAAGCGCAUUCAAGAACGACCCAACAUCACAAUCUUAGCAGGGGGUUACCCGACACCUCAGGUACAACACAUAAGAGUUCUGGGACUCCGAAUAUCCGAGAACGGACAUAACGGAGAAGCAAUAAAGUUACUGGAUAACAACACCCAUCAAACUAUCAGAUUGAUUCGAAGAAUCGCCAACAAGAACUACGGCUUGAAAGAACACAACUUAGUGCAGCUCAUCCAAGCCUUCGUCGUCAGCCGCAUAGUCUAUGUGACCCCAUACCUCAAGUUGCAAGUGGCAGAAAAACAAAAGAUAGAAUGCAUGAUUAAAAAGGCAUAUAAGCAAGCCCUCGGAUUACCGAUCACCACGUCUAACGAAAAGUUCGAAGCGUUAGGAAUACAUAACACGAUAGACGAACUUAUUGAGGCUCAUACGAUAGCGCAAUAUGAACGACUCGCGCAAAGCAACACGGGAAGACACAUCCUGCAAAAACUUGCAAUAACGUACGCUGGCCAAAGCGGCAAUAAAUACAAUAUACCAAAAGAAACCAGAGAGCGCAUCAUAAUACAUCCGUUACCCAGAAACAUGCACCCCGAACAUCAUCGGGAGCGGAGGAAUGCAAGAGCGAGAGCACUACACAAGAAGUUCCAACACGACGCGGACGUGGUCUAUGUAGAUGCGGCCGAAUAUGCUGACGGUCGACACAUGGCAAUAGUCGCUUCAAAUCAAGCGGGCCACCUGCUGGCUAGCGGCACCAUUAAAACAGGAAAUUCGGAAAUCGCGGAGGAAAUGGCCAUAGCGCUGGCGCUUGCGUCCACAAGGGCCAGCGUCGUAAUCAGUGACUCUAAAUCCGCGAUUCAUAACUUCGCUAAAGGAAGGGUCUCGAAAGAGGCGUUAAUGAUCUUAAAUAACUUUCGCGGAGAGCGCGACGUUUAUGUUAUAUGGACGCCCGCCCACUCCUCCCUCCCGGGCAAUGAAACCGCACACACCCUCGCUCGAGAGUUAGCGAGCCGAGCAGGGGCAGGAAUGACGCGGAGCCCGCGUGCGGAGAGAGACCGCAUGUUCACAUAUAAUGAAAUUACCAAGCACUACAGAUUAGGCAGGCAGCAUUACCCGCCACCACACUCCUCAUUAAAUAAGCAGCAGGCGACAGCGUGGCGCCUAUUACAAACAAACACUUUACCAAACCCAAUCGCCUAUAAUCAUUGUUACCCGGACCUCUACUCAGACAGAUGUAAACACUGCAAUCAGCGGGCGGACCUCAAACACAUUAUCUGGGCUUGCCCCAACAUCGUGAAGGGGCCAAACAACAACAUAUAUGAAUACGGAGCAGUGGGAGACCGCGCUGCUAAGCUCAAGCAUCGAGGACCAACUACAGGACAUCAGGCAAGCCGAGGAUGCCGCUAGGGCCCAAGGACUCUUAGCUGCCAUCUAAGGGAGGGGAGAUAAACUCCUCUGACACUUGCCGUUUUAAUAAAAGUUGCUUCUCUCU